AUGAAUAUUAUUGUCUGGAACGUCCGGGGGCUUACGGACGAAUCUAGAUGUCUUUUAAAGGAGCAUUCUCGCUCUUUUAAUCCCGUUAUUAUUGGUAUUGUGGAACCUAAAGUGGAUUUCAGCAAAGUUCCUGCUAAUUAUUGGCAUUCCAUCAACAUGGUUGCUCGGCAUCAAAAUUCCCGCCAUCGGAUGUGCUCGAACAUUUGGCUCCUGGCACAUCCCUCAGUUGCCACGACUGUCGUUUGGUCCUCGGAUCAGACGAUCAUUACAGAUUGCGUCUGGAAUUCUUUCUCCUUUCGCAUUGCUGUUGUUCAUGGAUCUAACUGCCCUAUGGAUCGUCGAAAGCUGUGGAUUGAUCUUCUUAAUCACACAAAUGGCUCCACCAUUUUUAUGGGUGAUUUUAAUGCUGUGAAAGGAGCGCACGAACGUAUUAGUACGGUUAGCCCCAAUCGCCAGUCGUGUAGGGAUUUCUGCGAGUUCAUUGAAGCUACGCAAUUUAUCGAACCGCCCACUUCGGGGCUUAAGUUUACCUGGUCUGGGCGUCGGUUUCUUCCUCGACAUGUUGAGUCUUUGAUUGACCGUGUGCUGGUCUCGGACUCGUUUGCUCAGAAUUGGAGGGCGAUUAACACUCAUGUCUUGCCAAGGGUCACCUCAGAUCAUUCGCCGCUGGUCUUUCAAUGCUCUGGGUCGGAAGUCCGAAGAAGGAACUCUUUUAGGUUCCUGACUAUGUGGACUUCUCAUGAUAAUUUUUUGGAAGUGGUGGAACAGUCUUGGAACCAACAGAUACAGACGCGGUGUCCUAUUUUUCGGGUGAUGGCGAAGCUCCGGAGGUUGCGUGGGGUCCUUAAGUCUUGGAAUAAGGAGGUCUUCGGCAAUGUGGAUGUUUCUAUAGGUGAGAUGGGCGACAAGCUUGCUGAGAUACAGGAGAGGAUUUCUGCCUCAGGUUACACGGAUGAGUUAUUCAAUGAGGAGAUCGCGGCUCAGGCUGGUUUGAAUGUCAUUCUUUCUCGCAAGAAUGAAUUUUUGAGACAAAAAAGCAGAAUCAAUUGGCUUCAAGACGGUGAUCGCAACUCGUCUUUCUUUCAUAACAUGAUCAAGUUCAGAAAACAACACCUCAAUAUUGGUCACCUGCAAAUCGAUGGAGUUGUUACUACUGACUCUGGGCGGAUUGAGCGACAUAUUAUCGAUUACUUUUCUCAGCUUUUUAAGGAGACGGAUAAUCGUUGGGUUGAGACGGUGGAACUUGAGGCAAUUAUUGAGCAUUCUAUUUCUGAUAAUCACAAUGAUAUGCUUAUUAGCCUUCCAGAGGAGGUGGAGAUCUCGGCGGCGGUGCACAGUAUGGAGUCGUCUAGCGCCCCUAGACCUGAUGGAUUCUCAGGGGCUUUUUUCCAUUCUUGUUGGAAGAUCGUGAAGGAUGAUGUUGUUAGCGCGGUUCGUGCUUUCUUUAGAAAAUCAUACUUGCCGAAUGGGUGCAAUGCCAGUACUCUAAUUCUUAUCCCGAAGAAGGAAGAGGUGGUAACGGUAGCUGAUCUUCGUCCGAUCAUUCUUUCGAAUUUCUUUUUCAAGAUUAUCUCUAAAAUUCUUGCUUCUCGGCGAAGUGUGAUUGCUGCUCGCUGUGUCUCGAAUAACCAGUUUGGUUUUAUUGCGGGUCGUUCGAUUCAUGAUUGUAUCAUGUUGGGAUCAGAGGGAUUCAACUGUAUGAAACGGGUGAAUCGUGGAUCUAAUAUGGCUUGCAAAAUUGAUAUUCGGAAAGCUUUUGAUACUAUGAGCUGGAGUUUUAUCCUUCAAGUGCUUAGGGUUUUCGGUUUUCAUGAGAAAUUCGUGAACUGGAUUUCUAUUAUUUUUCACUCCGCCAGGAUUUCGAUUCUUUAUAAUGGGCAGUUAAGUGGUUAUUUCAGUUGA